UUAUUUUCAUCUUCUUCCCUUCACUAUCUAAUUUCUAAUGGCUUCUUUUUCGACUCUCUCUUGUUCUUUGGCCUUGUUCUUGUUCUUCUCUCUAAAUAUUAUGGCUUCGGCUCAGCUAUCGUCGACGUUCUACGAUACGUCGUGCCCGCAAGCUUUGCCAACCAUCAAGAAGGCCGUCAUUGCUGCGGUCGCAAAAGAACGUCGCAUGGGCGCAUCGUUGCUCCGGCUCCACUUCCACGAUUGCUUUGUUCAAGGAUGCGACGGCUCUGUUCUGCUGGACGACACUGCGAGCUUCACGGGAGAGAAAACGGCAAAACCCAACGCCAACUCUCUGCGAGGGUUCGACGUCGUCGACACCAUCAAAUCUCAAAUCGAGAGCGUGUGCAAGCAGACGGUGUCUUGCGCCGACAUCCUCGCUGUUGCCGCUCGAGACUCUGUAGUUGCACUAGGUGGCCCAACAUGGGCUGUUCUAUUAGGAAGAAGAGAUUCCACGACCGCGAGCUUGAGCGAGGCCAACAGCGACCUCCCGUCCCCGAAUUCUGACCUUAGCGGCCUCAUCUCCGCCUUCGCGAAGAAGGGCCUCAGUACGAGUGACAUGGUUGCUCUCUCAGGAGCCCACACCAUAGGACAAGCCAGAUGCGUCUCGUUUCGGGACCGUAUCUACAAUGACACCAACAUAGACCCAACUUGUGUUACCGUGUUAAAGGCCAAGUGCCCACAAUCCGGUGGCGACGACAAUCUCGCGCCCCUCGACGCCGUCACUCCCACCAUCUUCGACAACUUCUACUACAAGAAUUUGUUGAACAAGAAGGGGCUGCUUCACUCGGACCAGCAACUCUUUAACGGCGGUUCCACCGACUCGCAAGUUAGCUCGUACGCAACGAACUUUGCGAAGUUUUUUAGCGACUUCCCAAGCGCGAUGAUAAAUAUGGGGAAUAUUAGUCCUCUAACAGGGACUGAUGGGGAGAUUAGGACAAAUUGUAGGAAAAUCAACUAAAAGAAGCCCAAAUAUAAGCUAGAUCUUCUUGAGCAUUUGAGCAGAUACAUUUGAACAAGUUCCAGCAAUUAAUGCAGCCAUAAAAGAAUAGCCGUUAGAAUAAUUAUUAAGCCAAAUACUAGUGCAUAUUUUUCUAUUUUCUAUGGCUAUUAGAGUGUUUCUAUAAACCAUAAUGCGUCUGGGUACUGUUGGAGAAAUUAAGAAUUCUGAUUUCAAUUUGCAUGAUUAAGUACAAUGAUCAACUCUACUUUGUUUACCCAUUAAUGAACAUUUACUUGUUAACCAUCUUUAA